CUCCAAGUUCAGCUUGACGCGCGCCGUCAAAGCCCCAGGUAGACGGCGCUGUUCCGCUGACAAUUUUUCUGAUAAACUCUCGCUCUUGCAAGCGAAAUUGAAGGCUGGAUACCCUGGCUGCGGGAUUUUGAAUGCAAGCAGACACCGAGACGCAACAUACGUAGAACACCUCACGGAAAGUGUUUCACCGGGCUCCAGUAAUACCACUACCUCCUCCAACUGAAAACCGCAGGACACAGUUCAUUGACACCACCCGACUAAAUCUUCACGAUCCUCGUCCUCAAUCAUUUCAAGAUGCCUUGCACUGAAGUCUCCGUACUACCUCUCGUCGACGGCAGCGACCUUCGCGAUCCUAACAAUCGCACGGCUGUCGCCCUGAAAGAGUGCUUUGACGUCGUCGACAAGCAAGACGGCUUUCAGCAAUAUCAUCUGGGACAGGCUGUCGAGGAUCCAAGCACGCUCGUAGGCUUUAUCGACUGGGACUCCCUCGACAACCACCUAGCUUGGAAGGAGCACCCCGACUACCCUGGCGUCGCUGAACGCAUCUCGCCGACCUUCCCUGGUCCCGGGCGCAUCUUCCACGUCGAGUUCUACCCACACGAUGAGUUCCUCAAAGCCAUUAACGCGCCCGUCACCGAGUUCGCUAUGCUCUACUUCGCAGGCGGGCCGCCCGAGGACUACCUCGACACCCUGGCGUCCCUUCGGCCGCUCACGGAAAAGUUGGACGGAAUGGUCGCCUCGGCGGCGGGAACUACCUAUGAGGAGCUCGAGUACGAGGGCGUGAAGGGGAAGGCGGUGGUGCUAGUGGCAGGGUGGCAGUCGGUGGAGGCGCAUGCGGCGUUCAAGGAGACGGCGGCGUACAAGGAGAAUGCAGGAGUGCUCAGAAGCUCGGCGAAGAAGACUGAGGUCUACCAUGUCGAUUUUGUGAACUGAAGGCCGUGCGCAAAUCCGAAACGAGCUUGCAUUGAAAUUCUGACAUCGUCAUUUCAGAAGAUGCCUCCUUGGUCUCGAUGACCCACGCAAUUACUCUGCCUGUCGCG